AUCGGUCUUCUUGAAAUCAUAACACAACCAUAUCUCAUCACCAGUACCAACAUGAAGAGAACGGUAUUUCUUCUCGCAUUGUGCUUGUUUGGUGAUUUAGCGAAUGCUGAGAAAAACGAUAGACCGGCUAGAGGUCUUGACCUAAGUUCAAGUGGAGGAGGUGGUGAAGAAUAUGGAGGCGGAGGUUUUGGUAGCUCCGGAAGCGAAGGAGGAUCUAGUGGGGGCUGGACUCCAUUGAGCAGCGGAAAUAGUGGAUCUGGCGGCGAAGGCGGGCACGGUCUUUCCUAUGGAGGGGUUGGAUUCCCCUUAGGCCACCUCGGAGGUGGUGGAGGAGGAGAUGAAGGUGGGCAUGGAUUCUCAUUGGAAAGCGGCGGCGGCGGUGGCGGCGGAGGACACGGCCUUUCUUUCGGUGGUGGAUCGAGCGGAGGACACGGCCUUUCUUUCGGUGGUGGAUCGAGCGGAGGUCACGGACUUUCCUUCGGCGGUGGAUACGGUCUCUCCUACGGCGGUGGACACGGACUUUCCUUAGGCGGUGGUUCUAGUGGAGGUCAUGGCCUCGCCCUUUUGUCACUCGGUCACGGUGGAUUCGGAGGAUAUGGAAAACAUAGCUACUCUCUUGUAGGAUCCGGAUACGGAGAUUCCGAUUCGAGUGGUAGCGGUUCUGACUACGGUUCGCAUUCGAGCGGAGGAUUCAGCGGUGGCAGCUCAGGUGGAUACGGCGGCAGCUAUGGAGGUAGCUAUGGAGGCGGUCACGGCCCCCAUGUAUACGAAGUCACCAAAAGUAUUCCCGUCCACAAAACCGUCCAAGUUCCAGUACCCCAUCCAGUUCCUCACCCAGUCGCAGUACCCGUCCCGAUCAAAAUCCCCCACCCCUACGCUGUCAAAAUCCCAGUACCAGUGCCGGUCGAAAAAACCGUUCAAGUCCCUGUUGAAAAAAUCGUCCGCUAUCCAGUAGAGAAGCCUGUCCCUUACAAAGUUGUUAAGAAAGUACCCUACCCCGUACCCAAGCCUUACCCCGUCCCUGUCCCCGUCUACAAGUACAAGUAUGUCUAUCACUCCAAGAGCAAGCACGAUGAUCACCACGAAUAAGCUCAAUCGUUUCUGAGUUCUAAUGGUUGUUUCUUUUCUUGUUAUUGUUAUUUGUUAAUAUAAUUAUUUUGUUAUCGUCCCAAAAGGACAAAAUAAGACUGGGCGCUAUGUAUAUAUAAAAGACAAUUAAAUAAAUAUUUUGCAUAU